GUCACAUAUCAUACAGUGUCGUUGACCUAAAUAAUCCAAAAUAAUUGCCUUUAUUUUUUUAGCAUACUUUCAAAUACGUAAAUGAGUUCGAAUAGAAUCUAAGACUAACAAUUUACAAUCGGUAAAAAUGGCUACGUUCUCUAGGCUUCAUAAAAUUGCGUUAAUAAGUUUAGGUGCAGUUGGUGGAGGCCUCGCUUAUUAUAGUACUAUCGGCAAAAAUGAACAGAAGUUCGAUGUUAAGAACUCUUGGACUACGAACUAUACACCGAGUGUUAAGUGGGAAAAGAAUUGGGACCAUCGCGAACCCGAGUCCAUAGUCAAGCCAGCGAAAGCAAAUAAACCAGAAGACGAAAACAGAUUCAAUGAACAAGUUGAAAAGGCGAGGAGCAAAGCUGUGAGGCAUUUGUUUUUAAUAAGACACGGACAAUACCACGUUGAGGGCACUACUGAUAGUGAACGGACUUUAACUGAGUUAGGCAGACAGCAGGCAGAUAUAACAGGCAAGCGUCUAGCGGAACUUGACAUAAAAUGGGACCUUCUAGUCAGAUCAACAAUGACUCGAGCUCAGGAGACAGCUAAGAUCAUAGCCAAGCAUUUACCAAAAGAUAUUGAGAUAAAAGACUGUCAGUUAUUAGAGGAAGGUGCUCCGAUUCCUCCUGAACCACCUGUGGGACACUGGAGACCAGAACCCAGACAGUUCUUCCAGGAUAGCGCGAGGAUAGAGGCGGCGUUCAGGCGCUACUUCUAUAGAGCCCCUCCGGAGCAGACCAAUGAUACGUACACGUUGCUCGUGUGUCAUGCAAACGUGAUACGGUUCUUUGUUUGCAAAGCGCUCCAGUUCCCGCCAGAAGGCUGGCUCAGGAUAUCGUUAAACCACGCGUCAAUAACCUGGCUAUCGAUACUACCAAACGGUAACGUAGUGCUGCGCUCUCUCAGCGAUACCGGACACAUGGAGCCGAAGUACAUCACUAGCCGGAAUUAUGAGCCGAUAAGAGACUUAUUUGUAAAGGAAAAAUGCAAUUAAACGGAGUACAACUGU